AUGGAGCACCAACUAGCCAUCAAAACACAGCCGUAUAAAUAUGGCUGCAUUCUGUCUUCGACGGAUAUUUAUAUCAAGUCGCGACUAACGCUCCCUCCUGCGGCUUUUCCGUCUUCUCACAAGCCAUGCUCAGUCGGAAUUUGCUUCGAGCUAGUUGAGGAUCUACCGGAAGUUUGACCGCUUUUCAGUAACUCCCCGGGGUCACAGCCCUCUCUCGCAACGGGUCCUCACUUCAUGCGUGUGAUUUCGAUAGUGGGGACCGAUCCUGCUAUCCCUCCGAGGCUGUGUUUGCUCAAAGUGACCGCGUCCAUACAUAUGCCGAGUGGAGUCUUUGGAUCGCUGAAAGGGGUCGACUAACUACCGUUGGCAACGCAGCUAUGAUUUUCAACGGGAAGUAAUUUUCCUGGAGCCGCUGGUGACACAUGGUGGAGGCGGUAGGAUUUGCAGAAAAGAAACAUCGCCGGUAUUCUUACGCACGGCGGAUGCCGUAAGGUACAUAUAAUUGUUGGUUACGUGUGCACGACUUGUGAAGGCUAUGCCGUGUGGUAUUAGAAGCUCCAUUAGGGCUAUCGAGAUGGUGGGUUACACGACGGGGCCGUUUGCUGACCGGUUUUUGUGGAAAUGUGCCUACAGGUAGUGUUGUUUGAGAGAAGGGAUAGCGAUAGGGGAACCGGAACGGUGUUUGGAUGUGGAAAUGGCUUGAAAGCUUUGUAGGCUUGGAGGUUUGAAUAUCCGAAGCCUGGCUUACAGACGAGGCAAGCCCAAAGGGUUAAGAAACUCUUGUGAUGAGGGACGUUGAAAGGAUAUGGGACGAAGAUGAUAUGUCAACAACCCCUGCAAGCGUACUACGCAGAAGUACAGCGGACAAGAGCUU